GGCUUCCCUUGUCAGUUUCCCGGAGUGCCACGAAAUUCUGGAGAAUUCUGGCGAAUCCUUCAUCUCAAGUGUAUAGGACCGUGUACGUGUCAGCGGCGGUUUCGCACCUCCACUUCGCUGGCGCAGAGGAUCGAAUGGAAGCACUUUGGGGUAGAUCGGCUGUCGCGUCGAAUUGACCUGACCUGACGACCCUGAUCUGACCCCUCCAAUAAUUCCUCCUCUCAUAUGACCAGUGGAUUUCCAUGCCAUCCAUGGGCCCACCCAGAUCCCAUAAUUCGAUCCCCGGCACCAAUUCACCAGUACCAUCAGCAUCAGCACGAGGAGGGGAGCCUUGCAAAUAAAGCCACCCGUCCUCGCCGCCCUCCGUAGUAGUACUCCCAUCCGGCCAUCCCAUGUCGAUCCGAGACAGAGAGAACUCAGAGGAGGAGGAGAUCAUGGAGGAUCACUUGCCGUUCCUGCCGCUGCCUGAAAUGGCCAGCGCCCACGUAUAGCUUCCUCUUCGCUUCGCCCCCGCCUAGCUUAGUUCGAUAGAUCUGGCGCACAUAAAUGCUGCGCCCAAAGAUUAGGCCGGCGUGUGGUGGUGGGGCUCGCACGCGUUGCAUCCCACGUAGGAGGAGUGCUACUACUACGUAGCUAAAGCUUGGUGGAGUAGUGUUAUACACGCACUAGCAGACUAGCUCCUUGUCGUUUCGGAAAGAGCAGAGCUCCGUGGAAGGCGUUGGGGCCGCGCGUUUACGGGUAAAACCAUGGCCGGGAUGCUCCCUGGCGUGGAGUGCGCGCGGCGGCGGCGGAUGUGGCAGGGCGGCGGCGGCGCCGACCCGCUGGCGCCCGGGGCCACCCGGCGCUUCUCCUUCUGCCUCUACGCGGCCGGCCACGGCCACGCCGCCUCCGCCGUUAGUUCCGGCGGCAAGCAGAGGAGCGGCGUGAUGGAGCCGACGAUGCAUGGGUGGGCGCUGGACAGCAAUGCCCGGGAGGCGAAGCAGAGGCUCGACCAGAAGCUCCGGAGUAGCAACAGAGCCGACGCCGCCAUCAAGAGGCAUCAUAGCACGGGGAGCAUAAAGUUGAGCAGAGCAAAUAACGGGAGCGGCGGCGGAGAGGGCUCGAAUACGACGGCGGCGGCGGCGAUGGGCGUGCAGCGGGAGGUGUACUCGAAGAAGGGCGUGAUGAGGCGGCUGAUGCGGUGGGGCGGGCGGCCGCUGCGGUGGGAGGCGGCGGAGCAGGCGGAGUGCGCCGUCUGCCUGGAAGAGUUCGCCGCGGGCGACGUCCUGGCGCACCUGCCGUGCGGCCACCGCUUCCACUGGAGCUGCGCGCUGCCAUGGCUCCAGGCCCAGGGCGCCUCCCACUCCUGCCCCUUCUGCCGCGCCGCCGUCGACCAAGCCGCCGCCUCCUCCUAGCACGUGCAUUACAUGCCAUGAGCCAUCAGCCCGUCACCAUGCCUGUGAACUGCUGUGAUCGAUGCCCUCUUUUGCUUCUGAUUGCUGUGCAUCCGUGCAUGAUUGGCAUUUUAGUUUGGGUUUUCUUUUUUCUUUUACCCGAUGAGUGAUCGGCCAGAAGGUUGUUUUUGGCGGGCAUGUAAUGUGUCCAUGUAUGUAGCCGUUGAUAGUGUCCGGUCUGCUACAUCAUCCUCUCUGACCAAGAAGCAAGAAGAAGCAUGUGCUAGAUAGAGUAUCAGAACUUGAUGAGGAAACUUGAGAUCAUGAGAUCCUCUGAUUCGUUCUGAUGGUGUCACCAGAAUCGUCUCCAGAGUCACAGUCCACCCCUCUUUGGACUGGACAGGAGGACUUCACCGGUCCUGGGAAGGAAAUCCAGCUUGGUUGGUCGUCGUGUAGUUUUUGGAAGCGGUGGGAUUACGGAGUUUGAUCGCCCGAGUUUUUCCAAAUCCCCUGUCAUCCAAUCCCUCAAGUUGGGCAUCCUAUGAAUUGUGGUAUGUUAAUGAAGUGGCCAUUUAACACUUAAUAAAAAAAUUAUAACUUUCUUUGUACAA